AUGGCAAUGCAGGGCCCAAAUUCUUGCCCAACAGACAAAACUAUGGUCCCAGAAGCACUGGUUAUUGAUGGGAAGCGGCAGAUUUUGCAGUCGGGCUCUAUCCAUUAUCCUCGAAGCACUCCAGAGGUGUGGCCGGAAAUUAUUAAGAAAUCUAAGGAAGGGGGACUGGACGUGAUAGAGACUUAUGUUUUCUGGAACUAUCAUGAGCCUGUAAAAGGUCAGUACUACUUUGAAGGCAGGUUCGAUUUGGUGAGGUUUGUGAAGACAGUGCAAGAAGCUGGCCUUCUAGUCCAUUUGAGGAUUGGCCUGUAUGCUUGUGCUGAAUGGAACUAUGGGGGAUUUCCUAUUUGGUUACACUUUAUUCCCGGAAUUCAGUUUCGCACAACAAAUGCACCUUUUAAGAUUGAAAUGAAGCAAUUUCUUGCAAAAAUUGUUGAAAUGAUGAAGAAGGAGCAUCUCUUCGCAUCACAAGGAGUCCCAAUCAUUCUUGCUCAGGUUGAAAAUGAAUAUGGAAAUAUUGAAGGUGUUGCCUACACUGAUAUGAGUCAUCAUUACAUGGAAGGUCUUCAAGUUUGCCAAUCCUUGUACCUUCUAAUUAUAAACACAUGCAAUGGAUUUUAUUGUGAUAGGUUUACCCCAAAUUCCCCAUCCAAACCAAAGAUGUGGACAGAGAAUUACAGUGGAUGGUUCCUUGGAUUUGGCAAUCCAAUUCCUUUUCGACCUGUUGAGGAUCUUGCUUUUGCUGUUGCACGGUUUUUUGAAACAGGUGGCACUUUUCAAAACUAUUAUAUGUAUUUUGGGGGGACCAACUUCGGGCGAACAGCUGGAGGCCCUUUGGUUGCAACAAGCUAUGAUUAUGAUGCUCCCAUAGAUGAAUAUGGUUUUCUUAGGCAGCCAAAAUGGGGCCACCUGCGUGACUUGCACAAGGCGAUAAAGCAGUGUGAAGAACAUAUGAUCAGCUCCGAUCCAACACAAGUGCAACUUGGUAAAAACUUAGAGGCACAUGUCUACUAUAAAAGUUCUAAUGAGUGUGCAGCCUUUCUUGCUAAUUAUGGCAGUAGCUUAGAUGCAAAUGUCACUUUUAAUGGAAAUAUCUAUUUCCUUCCAGCUUGGUCCGUGAGCAUCCUUCCCGAUUGUAAAAAUGUUUUAUUUAAUACUGCAAAGGUUGUCUCACAAAGAACUCUUGGAGAUUCUUCUUUUUCGGCCACAACCAGUGUAAAUGAUUUUAUAUUGGAACCAUCUUCAUGGAGUUGGUAUAAAGAAAGAGUCGGUAUUUGGAGCAACAAUUCGUUUAUGAACUCAGGCUUACUGGAGCAGAUAACUACAACAAAAGAUACUAGUGAUUAUUUAUGGUAUACAAUAAGUAUUAAUGUGAAAGAAAACAACAUACCUGGUCAAGAGAAAGAACUUUUUCUGCAUAUUGAGAGCCUGGGGCAUGCAGCACUUGUUUUCGUAAACAAAAGACUUGUAGGAUUUGGAUACGGUAACCAUGAAGAUGCAAGCUUCAUCCUAGAUGAGAAGAUUACUCUAAACCAUGGAAAUAAUACCAUAGAUCUGUUGAGUAUGAUGAUUGGUGUACAGAACUAUGGACCGUGGUUCGAUGUUGCAGGAGCAGGAAUCUUUUAUGUUGCUCUUCGUGACUUAAAGAACGACACAAAUGAUCUUUCUUUUGAAGAAUGGACCUACCAGGUGGGACUUGAAGGGGAAGACCUUGACUUGGAUAACAUAAAUCUUGCAAACAGUUCAAUCUGGACUACAGGAGCAGCUCCACCAGUUAAUCAGAGUUUGAUAUGGUACAAGGUUGCAUUCCUUGCUCCUGAAGGAAAGGGUCCUUUGGGAUUAAAUCUUGCUAGCAUGGGAAAGGGACAAGCAUGGGUUAAUGGGCAGAGCAUAGGGAGAUAUUGGCCUGCCUACCUCUCACCAUCAUCUGGUUGCACCAAUGGCAGUGAUUGUGACUACAGAGGAGCCUACGAUCCAUCGAAAUGUCUAAAGAACUGUGGUCAACCAGCUCAAACUCUGUACCAUAUUCCCCGUACAUGGGUACAUAUUGGAGAGAACCUUCUAGUUCUCCAUGAAGAGCUUGGUGGUGACCCUUCUAAGAUUUCUUUGAGGACAAAAACUGGCCAAGAGAUAUGUGCACAUGUAUCAGAGACUGAUCCUCCGCCUGCCGAUUCCUGGAAACCAAACUCGGAAUUCAUAUCUCAAAACCCUGAGGUUCAACUGACCUGUGAACGAGGAUGGCACAUCACUUCAAUCAAUUUCGCUAGCUUUGGAACUCCUAUUGGAAAAUGUGGCACAUUCGCUUUGGGAGCUUGUAAUGCCGACAUCUUAUCAAUUGUUCAGCAGGCUUGCCUUGGCCAAGAAAGAUGUUCAAUCCCCAUCUCCACAGCAACCUUGGGUGAUCCUUGUCCUGGAGUGCUAAAAUGUUUAGCUGUUGAAGCUCUUUGCAGUGAUUGA